GAUACACUAAAAGAAUUAGUAAUUCUUCUUUGUCCAUUUGCUGAAGCAUCAACUUAUUUAGGUGCAAGCAAAACAUCAAUGAUUGGAUUUAUUAAUCCAAUUCUGGUGAUAUUAAGCAAGAUUUAUAUGAUGAAGAUUGAAUAUGAAGAUGUUGAAGAGCAUGAAAUUUCAAAACAUCAUAAAAUAAAUAUCAAUGUUCCACAAAACUGUGAUAAUUUGGGAAGAAAAGUACAGAAUUCUCCAGCUGAUAAUUAUUUACUACAUACAUUAUUGGAUCCACAUCACAAAAAACUUGAAUUUGCAGACUCUCUUGAUCACAAGUUUGUUAUGAAUACCUUAAAAAAUAUAUAUAAUAAGUAUACUCAAGAUUCUCAACAAACUCUACUAACAAAUUUAACAGAUAUUGUUGAACCAUAUAACUUAGAUAAUGAAUUAUCUACCAAAUGUCUUAAAAAAAAAUUUUGUUCGCUUUCUCAAAAUAAUGAAGUUGAAAAUUAUUUUCAACUUAAUGAGAUUGAUUUAGAAUCAGAUGCUUGCACUUGGUGGGCUACACAUAAAAAUAACUUUCCUGUUUUAGCUUCUUUUGUCCAUGAAUAUUUGGCUAU